UCGGGUCAGUCACAUUUCGAAGUUCGCAUUGUUUGGUUGUGUGUUUUGAAACUCGUCCGAAUAUCCCGACAACUUUUCUGUGGAAAACAAUCGAUUGUGCCGCGCAGUAGUGGAAGAAAAAAAGACAAUCGCCGCGUGUGCGUUUUGGGUAUUUCGGUUUUCGGUGGGCAGUGCAUCCUGUAAGAAGUUACCCAGGUUGGAAUAUUUUGCUUGGUUGAUGUUACUGUUUCCGAAGUGCUUUUCGUGAAAAUAAAUUGGAAACAAAUUAAAACAACAAAAACAAGUGUUUCGAAAAACAUACUCACACAAGCGCUCACUUUCGUGCGUUUGUUCCGAGUGUGGAGUCUGGGGAUCAUCUCGACUUGGAAACUUGCGUACAAAAGUUUUGGUACAAGCUGCUGCGCAGCGGCUCUAGUGGCUGUGAAGAGCCAGAUAAAUAAAAGGUGAAAUAAAGGAAGGCGAGAAGAAGUGCAUUUCAGUGUGUUUGUGUUUUAUCGUGCAAAGCUUACCAAGUUCUAGAUACUUAAGAAAAAGAAAACCCACCCGGUUUACUGUGCGACAGCGGAAACAGAGAAGAGAGUGCAUGAUAGUAAGUAGUGAAACCAUCCCGUUGUGUGGACCAAAUCAUCAAAACAAAAACAACGAGCCACCGAGGUCGGUAAACUAACAAGUGAAGUACAAAGAAAGACGAAUCUUUCUUUCCCACACAUACACAACCAUCCUCGGAACGUGACACUCACUAGGGGGAAUUCGCAUACUCGUUAGCAGAGGAACUUUAGCCUCGGUCCAAUAACUUUUCACGCCCCUUUCGAAAUCGCGCCUUAAUCGAAGCGGGUGUCGGCACGCGUGGAAAGUGCGACGGCCACGAGCUGCGUGUUAGUGGAUAGGCGUUUCCUUCCGGUAGCCUAGCGCUUCUACCCAGUUGGCCCUUUAGAUUCAGCAGUAAAAGAAACAGUUCAAUACGAGGACAUUAUGUUCCGACCACAGCUCAACCCAACUGAGAACAUACGUGAGAAAAUGAGGCUUUUCGAGCAAGAUGCGAGCUUAGAGGGUUACGGUCAGCGGCGAAGACACUCGGACCAAGCGGAUCGUUUCGGUAACUACGGCACCGGCGGCAGCCACUCGCGGGAGGACAGCCCGAACCGGAUGAUGCCCCCGAUCAACCAUUCGGCAACACCGGGCGUCAUGACGGAUGCCCAGGGCCUCAUUGUGCCCAAGAAGCUGAUCAACCCCUGCGCUGAGUCAAUGGACCGACAGAACCUGCACCGGGAACUGAUGUUCAACCAGAAAAUGGGUAAAAAUGUGCUUAAUCAAAAGUCCGAACUGCAGCGAGCGCUGGAGAAGCAAAAGGAACGUCAGGUGCUGGCCGCUCAAAACCUCGCCAAGCAGCAAGCCCAGGAGAGCACGAUCGCUAACGAGCUGGGGCGGGUAAUCAUGCAGCGGGCGGCCCGGCUAGAGCAGAAAAGCCUGGCAGCGGCCGCUGCCGGUUCCCAGCAGGACCAACCCGACUCCAUCAAUCCCGAAUACCUGAACGCACGUGCAAAGUUACGCGCCACUACGGCCGUCUAUUCGAAAUAGAUCCCGAGCGGUUGGUUUUGUCUAUAAGUAGUCGAUCAGGAGGUCGCUUUUAGUUGAAACACAGUAAAACCCGAGCCUCGGAAUUAUUUUAACCCCGUGCCCCCCAGCAGCUCUCCCACCCAAUAUCAUUCGUUUUGAUUAUCAGUUAAGUUUUAAUGUGUAGACAAGUGAUAGCGACUACAAUGAUUUCCGUUCUGUGUUUUUAAAACUCUUCAAUGGCACGCAUUUCAGUCGAAUGUGCGCCAAUUGUCAGUGUGUGUUUUUUAACAAAAAUUUUAGAUAAAUUCAAACAAGAGCAGCAAAACGAAACAGUACAGUUUACAAGUAUAAAUGCAAUUAAUUGCAAACAGAAGAUGAGAGGCGACAUGCUUUAAGUAGUUUUAAUGAGUUAUAUGUAUGUCUAAUUCUAUUAUCUCUUUAGAUAGAAAGAUCUGUUGCAUGUAUAAAAUUGGAAAAGUGUUUAUUUUGUAGAGAUACGCGCUCGCGAGGAAGGAUUUCCGGUGAUCAGCAAAUUACUGUGGCAAAAUUGUGAUAAACGAGAGACAUCUCCGAACGAAAAAGAUCCCUUGUUGAUGGUAUCGAAUCGAACAGAUCGAAAAACUCCACUCUGGAAAUCCUUCUCACAAUCCUUCUUUCGUAAACAGAUAGUAUAAAAAAGCAAACAAACAGUUAAGCAUCAGAUACCGUAUAUUAUAGUGUUUAGUUCUGGUUUAGUUUGUAAGUCAAUUGUGAGCAGAUUUUUUAUAUUAAAAUAACCGAAAAAAAAGAAACCAUGGUCAAACAAGAAGACACUUGCUUUUUUUGAUCGAAGAACGAGCUAACCGAGUAACGUAUAUAGGAACCGCUAUCAGCGAUACUCAACCCGACUUGAUGAAUCUGAUAGAACGUAAAAAGGGUAUUCUAAUCUUCAUUCCAAAAGUACUCACCUUCUUGUAACGAAGAAAGCAAUGAAAGUUAACAAGGCAUCCUCACCAUCACUGAAUCACCAAUUCAACCUUCAUCAAAACCGUACUGAGCAGAAAAAACCUGAUUAGAGAGACUUGUGUAGUGUACAGAUUACAGCACCAGAAGACUAUCGAAUCCCGUGUUCGGCCUUGUUAGUGCGACCCGUAUUUAGAUGAGAACAGACUAUUCAUAUUCCGCAGCCCUUUUCCCAUUGACCACUUUUGGCCUGCGACUUCACCACAUACAUACAAUCAUACGAGCGUUAAGAUGGUUACUCAAUUCAAAAGUUCAUGUAACUACGUGUUAAACUUACAGGUUCAUAUAAUAGUGAACAGAUCAGCAACUAACAUAACAGACAAAUAUUCUACCACCUAGGCUAGAGCUCAUGUGACGUGAGUAGCAGUGAUUGAUAGUGGCAAAUUGUUAAUGGAAUAGUUAUACGAGCAGCAGCUACCUAUAUAAGCAAGCAAGCAAACAAACAAACAAACCAGAACCAUAUGUGUAGUAAGUUCUUAGUAGUGAAGUUCGAGACAGAGUAUCCUGCUGUCGAACAUAGAGAGUAAAAUCACUAUUUUAACUGGAAGAUA